AUGGCUUUAGAAGAUAUCGAUCAGUUGUCGGAUGAAAAUGGUCCUGCAAGCCCACAGGAUAAGAAGACAGACCUUGUCACACCUGAUGCCAAGACCGAAAAACCGUUGAAAGCUACUCCGAAAGCCCCGACCAAAAAACCGAAAGCUGCUGCUGAAAAGAGUGCCCCAAAGUCAGGUGGCAGGAAGCCAGCUCUGAAACGGCCUGCAGCUGCGAUCAGUGCAGGGACAGUGUCAUCCGAGCCUGUGAUGAAGCGGCCGGCUGGGAAACAAAAGGAUCCUGAUUUUAUCAGCGUUUGCAAGUCCAUGUGCAAGGCCAAUGGUGUUUGGAGUGUCAAGCUUGGCAAAAAGGAGGUGAUUCGAGUGAAGCCAGUGCCUGGUGUUCCAAGUGAUGAACUGGAAGGAAUUGCCGAAGCUGUGAAGCAAGAGCUCAGACGAACAAAAGGAGAUGUGGCUGCAAGCAAGGAGUUGCAUGAACAUUGGAUGCGCUUAAUACAUGAACUUGCGGAGAAACCUGUUGCCAGUGAGAAGACGACCGCUGAAGGUGACAAUGGUGAAACGAAGGAAUCUCACGAAGGAGAGGAGGAAGAACAUGUGGAGGAGGAUGAUGAAUUGCUCAUGGUCACAGGAACUGAUGCACUUGCUCAGUUGCUCAUGGUCACAGGAAGUGAUGCACUUGCUCACUUGCCCAUGGUCACAGGAUGUGAUGCACUUGCUCACUUGGUCAUGGUCACAGGAAGUGAUGCACUUGCUCCGUUGCUCAUGGUCACAGGAAGUGAUGCACUUGCUCAGUUGCUCAUGAUCACAGGAAGUGAUGCACUUGCUCACUUGCUCAUGGUCACGGGAAGUGAUUCACGUGCUCACUUGCUCAUGGUCACAGGAAGUGAUGCAUUGGCCACGGGCAGCAACCACUUGAGUCUUGCGCUGUCACGGAGCUACAUGCACAUGCAGGACUUGGUGGAGGAGAUUCGCACCAAGCAGGACAAGGGGAAUUUCCGACCCGUUGAGGAGGCUCCAGCUGUGCGUGCACCACUGGCACUGCCUCCUCUACCACCACCGGCAGAACCACCAGAGUCACCCGGAGAACCAGCUCCUGAUGGGACGCAAGAGAUCGCUGUUGAGGAGCUCUUCAAGGGCCGCAUGCGAUCAUUGCAGGAUCAGGAGCGCAGAGCCUUGUGGAGCAAGAGUCUACAAUUUGACGCGGCCAUCGUCUUUCCAAACCCAGACUUUGAGGAGAAUCGAGGCUUGAGCUGCCUUGGCAAGGAUAUCUUCAGUCUCCUUGCAGGAUCAUGGAAGAACCCCGAUUUGUCCAAGGUGGAGAGGGGUGUCAGUGAAAGCGAAGCACGGCGUUUGUACCAUGACGUUCUGCGUGACGAAAAGGCUUCCACGGAGGCAGCCUUUCUCAAAGCUUUCGGGGAUCUACGGCCCUGGAUCAGAGGAAAGGGAAAAGAGGAAAACUGGCCCCAAAGCAAAGGAGCAUCAAAACCUCCCGUGGAAGAGGCUAAGAAGCAGCUUCGUUGUUUGAGUCAUGGAGGUAGCUUCCGGCGUGUUGAUACCAGCGGCGCGGCAGGCACUUGCUCACUUGCACCUCAAGGCCAUGAAUCCGAGAUGGAUGUGGAAAUGGGGCAUGCUCCAAGCGAGGUCUUUUACCAACAUACCUUGGAUCCGAACUUGUCGAGUGCCACCGAUUUGUUGUCAUUGAUCCGCAACUCCAUCGUAGCCAUGCUGGCGGGUAAAGGCCUCACAGUGGAAAUGGUCUUCUCCUCCGAUUUCAGGUGGAUCUAUGCCUUGAUCUCAGCAGGUGAGGCAGCCUUGGAGGAUCUUUCAACCAAGCACCACUUUCCAAGAGCUUUAGAUUUGGAAAGCAUCGAUCCGGAGGCUACAGAGCCAUGCGAUGAUGGAUACGAGCCGCUGGCAGUGGCCUUUCAGCAAGAGCAAUGUGAGGAGGUGAUGGAGCUGCUGAAGGUGCUCCAACAAGAUGGACCGGUAGGUCCGGUCGGAACCGACUCGGCGAAAAAAGUCAAGCUGCAGGACCCGGCAGUGCGAGAAGCCUAUUCCUGGUAUUUGCGCAGUCGUUUGAAGGGAAACUCUGCCGUGGCGGCGAAAAAGGAGGCCAAUGCUGCGUGGGGCAAGGAGCGCCAGGAGUGGGAACCCUGGCAGCGUCCACAGCCGCCUUUGCGCAACAUCUGGGAUCGGCUUUGCUCAUCAGACUCCAAUGGACCGGAGGUUGUGCGAGUGGGUCCUGGACCUGUACAGGCAUGCCACUACCAGCGGGUUCAGGUGCAUCGCUUGGAUGGCAAAGUUGUCACAUCGCGCUUUUCAAGGGAAGAUCGAAUCCUGCUGAUCAUGGCAGCAGUGUCAGAUGUUUGUGACGUCUUCAAGCUCAUGAAUGAUGGCUAUGUGGCAGAGAUUGUGCCAUGCAAAGGCAAUGUGUUGGACGAGCAAAGCCCGCAGGGUCAGGCCUCUAGCCUUCAACUAGCCUUCAAGAGGCAAAUGGGCACUUGGAUUGCUGUACCCGCGCUUUUUGGCAUCAUCGCUCAGGUGCUGAUUGCUUUGCUUGGCAAAGAACACUUCUUCAACACUCUGCUUGGAUAUGCUCUCUUGAUGGCUUCGUGGUUCAGCCUUGCCCUUGGAGCUUGGAAGCUGAAUCGCAAGCAGCUUUUGCUCAUUCGUGGGGACGUGCCAGGAUCCGAUGGAUCCUUCGACAUUUGCUGUGGCAGCGGCUUCGUAAGGCCAUCUGAUUCGGUAAAUCCAAGACCUUUUGGCAGCACCAGGCGGCAGUUCUAUGGUGGGAUGAAACGUUCGCUCAUUACGGGUGCCAUGGAAGAGCAGGCAAGUCCAUGCUUCAACUUCCUGAGGCGUGGACUAAUUUUUUUGCUUUGCCUAAUAUUUGCUGCCGCUUCGGCGGCACUGGCUGCCGUCACCUGUGAUUUGCUGCCUUUACCAGAGGAGAAGUUCACCGUCCAUCGGAUUGAGUACAGCUUCUCGCAGCACAUUGUUGGACUUGUUGUGGUGCUGGAGAUCUGGUUGCUGAACCGACUCUUCAGGCUCAUUUCCUUGACGUUCACAAGAUGGGAGAACCACAAGACCAGAUCCGAAUUCGUGCACGCAUACCAUCUCAAGGCCUUGGGUCUUCAAUUGGUAAAUUCGUAUGCGUCCCUGUUCUACAUUGCCUUCUACCCUGAUUCCUUCAAAAUGUAUGAGGUGUCACAGAGUUGUUCCUAUGCGGAAACUUGGUGGAAUUACUGGGGCGCUACGUGCAGGAUGGCAAGGCUCAACAAGCAGCUGAUGACCAUCCUUGCAGCUUUUUGCCUCAAGGUGGGCUUUCGAUGCGUGCUGUUCAAACUGAUUUCCUCAGCGGUCAACCCGAAAACCAAUCAGUCUGCGCCAGAAAGGAACUCCGAUUUGUUGGACCUGGACAGAGUGAUGAUGGCUCCAAGAUUUGGAGAUCCAGAGACUGACUUGAACAUCGCGCCCUCCUGCUGUUUUAAUGCAUCCUCGGAAGUGAUCAUCGUUUUGGGUAUGUUUUUUCUCUUCUUUCCGGCCUCUCCGUGGAUUGGUCUGUUGACGUUGGCUUUCCUUCAGCUCUCCAACCUCGCCACCAACAUGGCACCCUCCCGCCGGGCGGUCCCAUGGCGUGCCGGGUAUCCUGCAUGCCACAGCGCAGAUCUUUUGGAAGCUAGUGAUCGACUUGCCUGUACCGCGAUUCAAGCGAUUUCAUGGCUUGCCAUGCUAUGCAUGGCUGCUCUUUUGGUUUGGCCUGCUGACCUUGGUGCGGGCUUUGUAACUUCUACAUUGCUCGGUCAGACCAGCGGAUUAGCGUCUCCAGCAGCAGCCUUGCUGCUACUCUGCCGCUUCCUGCCUGGUCGAUUGGUCCGUUGUACUCCAGGUGCAGUGAGGUUGCGCACAGCUGAAACGCGUCUUUGCAGAGCCAUGCAAAAGUCAAGGUCUGAGGCAGCCUCAAGCGCGCUUUCAAUGAGAAGCGCUCGUGGCAGAGCAAGAUUCGGCACGGACUUCCGAGUGAGGACGCCACAGCAAUGGGAAGAGCUGAGUGCAAAGUUCACUUCAUAGAAUGACAACGUGGCGUGACCACGUGGCGAGAGCUAGGCUCUCCCUACCGUUUGUACAGGACUUUCCAAUU